CAAUGUAAAUUGAACCACAAAUUGUGUAUUAAUUUGAGUGUUUUCGAAAAGGGAAGAAUGGAAAUAAAAAAUAUAUUGGAGUGCUUAAGCCUGAAAGAUUAGAUUUGUACAAGGUAGAAUAGUUUAACUGAAAAUUUACAUUUUAGGAAAAUUCAUAAGUAUCUAAGUAUUCUUUACCAAUCCAAUUGUAAACCCACAUUAAAUGGGAAGUAGAAGAAGAUAAUCUGAAUGGGAAGAAGCAUUAUAAAAUAGUGUCAUUCAAAUUUUAAUAAGUGAUUAAAAAUCAUAUUUUUUUAUAGGUUAAAUAAAUUAAAGAAAAUCAUGUAGCUAAAAUAACAACAUUUUAUAGUGAUGAGAAGACUCUUACAAUACUUAAAGAGCAUUUGAGAAAUAAAAUCAUAUUUUAAAGGAUUUAAGACUUCUAUACACCAUUAUAAACUUUGGGAAAAGGAGCUUCUUCAAGGGUUCUUCUUGUUAGACAUAAAAAUACUGAAUUAUAUUAUGCAGCUAAAUGUGUUGAUAAAUCUUAUGUAAAUGAAACAGAAAAUGGAAUUGUACUAUAUUUUUUUAAAUCAAAGGAAUCUAUGUUUCAAGAAAUUUCAAUUAAUAAUACACUUGAUCAUCCUUCGUUUAUUAAAUUACAUGCAGUUUAUGAAGGAGAUAAUACAUUUUAUAUGGUGAUGGAUUUGUUAGAAGGUAGAAGUUUGCAUGAUGAAUUAAACAAUCAUAAAAAUGGAUUUCCAGAAGAUAUUGUUAGAAAUGUAAUGUGGGUAUUCAUUAUCACUUAUGGCAAAGCAAAUUCUAACAGGUAUAGAAUAUAUGCAUGAAAAAUAAAUUAUGCAUAGAGAUCUAAAACCUGAAAAUAUUAUGUUAUUAAAAAAAGGAGAUUUGAAUUCUUUAAAAAUUGUUGAUUUUGGAUUAGCUACAUAUUGUAAUAUUGAUAAGUAUAAAAUUAAUAUUAAUAAAUAUAGAUAUUUAUUUCCUAAAUGUGGUACACCAGGUUAUGUUGCUCCUGAGAUAGCUAAUUUAGUAGAUAAAACUAUUAAAUAUGAUAAAGUAUGUGAUGUUUUUAGUGCAGGAGUAAUCUUCUUUAAAUUGUAUUUAAUUUAAAUUUAUUUAAGAUUGACAGGUAAAGAUCUUUUUCCAGGUGUUGGAUUUAAUUUAGUUUUAAAAUUAAAUAAAUAAUGUAAAAUUGAUUUAACUCCUUUGCAAAUGAAAAAAGUUGAUCAUUCUAUCACUGUAAUAUAUUAAAAAUUAAUAAUAUAUAUAUAUAGGCUUUAAUUUAGAAAAUGUUAGAGAAAGAGCCUAAUUAAAGGAUUAGUGCUGCUUAAUGUUUAUAAGAUCCAUUUUUUGUAUCAUGUUUUUAAGCUUAAGGAAUACAAGGACCUUCAAAAUUAACAGCUAAUUAAAAAAAAUAAAUGUUCUCUUCUAGUGGUAAAGCUUUGACUACUGAAUUUCCUAAUGAUAAAAUAAAAGGUAGUCCAUAAGACAAACUUGAAAAUAAAGGAUCUUUUGUAACAUAAGAUAAUGCAUUUCGACCUGUCUAAUCUAAUUAAUAAAAGAUAAUGUAAAAAUUUAAUACUACAGAAUUCGAUCAUGAUGAAAAUGCUUAAAGUCCUUAAAUGGAAAAAGUUAUUUAAUAAUUUCAAAAAGGUGAUGCAAUAGAAGAGGAAGAUGAAAAAUGA